UGUAUAUAUAUACUUAAUAAAAAAAUAUAUGCAUUUUUUGUAUUUUCUUUCUUGCAGAGAUGAUCUGAAAAAGAAUGGAAAAAAGAAGAAAAAAAAGGAUGAAAAAGAAAAAGAGGAAAAUAAGGAUGAAGAAGAAAAGAAAAAUGAGUUACCCCCUGUGCCUAUGCUUCAGCUUUUCAGAUAUUCAAACUUGCUUGAGAAAUGGUUGAUGGCUGCUGGCGUCCUGGCAGCUCUGAUAGCUGGACUCUGUAUGCCAGCCAUGUUUAUUCUCUUCGGUGAUGUUACAAAAAGAACAAUUGUCAUAGGUGCAAUCCAGAGUGAUGGUUACAUAUUUGUGACAGCUAUGAACUAUGCUGCAGAGGGUCAGGUAUAUAGGCUUCGGGGAAUGUUCCUGCAGUCCAUUCUCAAACAAGAAAUUGGCUGGUUUGACACUCACCAAACAAAUGAUUUUGCUAGCAGAGUGACUGAAGAUCUGAACAAAUUGCAAGAAGGUAUUGGAGAGAAGGUUGGCAUGUUCUUGUUCUUCAUGACUAUAUUUCUUGCUUCAAUCAUCAAUGCUUUUAUUCAUGGAUGGGAGCUGACUCUAGUUAUCCUCUCAGUUUUCCCUAUUCUGGGAAUAGCAACUGGUAUUAUUGCAAAGGUUCAGUCAAGUCUGUCAAAUGUAGAGAUGAAGGAAUAUGCAAGAGCUGGGAGCAUAGCAGAAGAGGCAAUCUCUGCCAUCCGAACUGUGGUGGCCUUUGGUGGGGAGAACAAGGAAGUGUCUAGAUAUGAUGCAAAUUUAGUUCAUGCAAAAAAAGCUGGAGUGAAGCGAGGUCUGAUGACAGGAUUUGGAAUGGGAUUAAUGUGGUUCAUCAUUUAUGCAGCUUAUUCCUUGGCUUUCUAUUAUGGAACAGGACUCAUUCUUAAAUCUCGUGAAGGAGAUGGUUCAUUUGAUCCUGCAAAGCUCAUCAUUGUGUUCUUCAGUGUUCUGAUGGGAGCUAUGAAUGUUGGUCAGGCUGCACCAUAUGUAGAAGCCUUCAGUGUUGCCAGAGGAGCUGCUAGUACUAUCUUCGAUAUAAUCGAAAGGAAAUCAACCAUUGAUCUACAAGUUCAGAUGGAGAGAGACCACCCACUGUAG